AUGGCUAGAAGAAGAUUAAGAUUGUCGUAUAACGUCAUCAAUCUAAAAGAAAAGCAUUCUACGAGAAAGAGGGGGAUGUUCAAGACGCUUGAUGAGCUCACCGUCCUUUGCGGUGUAGAUGCUGCUAUAAUAAUGUAUAACUCUUUUGAGUUAGGGCCAGUUGUAUGGCCAUCUGUUGAAGAGGCUCAACAGAGAAUUGCUAGAUUCAUGAACUCGCCAGAUGUGCAACAAACUAGAAGAGUGAUGAGUCAGGAAAGCUUUGUUUUGGGGAGGAUUCAAAAGUUGAGCAUUAAACUCCUAAAAGUGAAGAAAAACAACAGGGAGAGGGAGAUGAAUGCAUUGAUGCAUCGAAUCUUUACUGGAGAGUAA